AACGGAUUGCCAUAGUCGUAUCGAUCUAUGAAAGUUAGAAAUUCUAUGUUUGGGCUUCUGCUUUUCUUUGUAACGAAUAAAACAAACAAAUAAAUAUCCGGAUUUCGCUUUUAUUACCAAGGCAAGCUUUAAAAAUGGCAGAAGCUGUACCUGAAGAAGAAUUGACUAUCCCAAGAGCUGCUAUGAACAAAAUGAUUAAAGAAAUUGUACCCAGUGUUCGAGUUGCUAAUGAAGCUAGAGAGUUAAUUUUGAACUGCUGUUCAGAAUUCAUCCAUCUUUUGGCAUCAGAAGCUAAUGACAUCUGCACCCAACAACAGAAAAAGACUAUAAAUGCAGAACACAUUCUAGGAGCACUGGAUAGACUAGGGUUCAAUGAUUAUCGCACUGAUGCUGAGGCAGUUUUGAAAGAUUGUAAAGCUGUUGCUGCCAAGAGAAGACGCCAAAGUACAAGGCUGGAAAAUCUAGGAAUUCCAGAAGAAGAGCUAUUGAGGCAGCAGCAGGAAUUAUUUGCCAGAGCCAGAGAAGAACAAGCUGCUGCUGAGCAAGCCCAAUGGCUUCAACUACAAGCUGAAGCUCAAAUGUCUUUACAACAGCAACAGCAUGGAGAUGCUCCAUCCAAUUCAGAAGAUGGAGAGUAUUCUUAAUGUGUUUUGUGAUUUGACCUAAUACAUAGCUUGAUUUCUAG